UUCAGCAGUCGGCAGUCAUCACACCAUUUACACCCUUAUUUUUAAAUAUUAUUAUUGCAUUCUUCAAACAUUCACACAACAAAACAAAGAACAGCAACUCGAUUUUAUUUUAUUUUCCAGUGUAAAUUAGUGUAGACAAGACAAAAAGCAACGCAAAAUUAGUUCAAAAACAAAAAAUUCUCGAAAUCCGUCAAAUCAUUACAAAAGCAAGCAAGCACCAAAUAUACACUCUCUUUCUCUCCCUUCUGCAAAUAAAAAAAUAACAAAUCUAAAAUUAUACUAAUUAAGACAUUUACCUCUGAUCCAAAUCAACAACAAAAAAAUAAAUAAAAAGUGACUGUGAAGAAAAUUAAUUAAUUUUUGUGUGAAAACUCAAUUAUUAGUGAUUCUUCGGUUUAUUAAUAGAAAAAAAAAAUAAUUUAAAUUAUUUAAAGAAAAAAAAAGAACUGUGAAUGCCAUUUUAAUUUAAUAAAAAACGAAAAAUUCACUUUUGAUCGGAAUUAAAAAAAAAUAAGGCAAAAAAAUGGCAAACAGCUUGAAACAAAUUCCUCUUACUUGUUCCGGACAUACACGACCCGUCGUUCAUUUGGACUUUAGCGACAUCACGGAUUGUGGAUACUUUUUAAUUUCCGCGUGCAAAGAUGGCAAGCCAAUGCUCCGAUUCGGCGACACAGGCGACUGGGUUGGCACUUUCGAGGGACACAAAGGCGCCGUUUGGGGCGUCGCUCUCAACAGCACUGCGAGUUUAGCUGCUUCCGGCGCCGCCGAUUUUACGGGAAAAAUUUGGAAUGCCGUCACGGGCGAAGAAGUGCACAGUUUCCAACACAAUCACAUCGUAAAGUCAGUCGCCUUCGAUCGAACGAGUCAGUAUCUCGUGACGGGCAGCAACGAGAAACUCGUGCGUAUUUUUGAUCUCAAUCAACCGAAUGCCGCGAACCCCAUUACGCUGUCGGGGCAUGCCGGCAACUUGAAACGUGCGAUUUUCUGUCGCAACGAUCAGUGUGUCAUCAGUAUUGCGGAAGACAAGACGCUCCGGGUAUGGGAUAAGGUUUCGGUGCAGGAAGUGCAACGCAUUGAAUUCCCCUCGACGCCAAAUAGUUUGGAGUUGUCGAAGGACGGGACGAUAUUUACCGUGACGCAUGGACAGAGCGUUAGUUUUUGGGAUACGAAUAGUCUUUCGAAAGUGAAGGAAAUUUCGAUGCCGACACUCAUUGCGUCGGCUAGCUUGCAUCCCGAUAAGCAUACGUUUGUGGCGGGCGGCGAAGACUUCAAAAUGUACAAAUAUGACUAUCUGACAGGCAAUGAAAUUGAAUCAUUCAAAGGUCAUUUUGGUCCCGUACACGCAGUUGGCUUCAGUCCCGAUGGCGAACUCUAUGCAAGCGGCAGCGAAGACGGCACUCUGCGAUUGUGGCAAACGACAGUUGGAAAGAACUACGGCCUCUGGAAGUGCACAGAUCCAAACGAAAUAUCGCUCAACAACUCUGUGAGAGAAGUGACUGCCAACUAA